UCUGUCAAAAUUCUUUUGUAUCCCAUGUCAAGUGUCUUUCGUUUGCUGCAAUCCAUCUGCGAAAAGACAUUCAAAUUUGUUUAAAAUGGCAAGCGAUCCAUCCAAAGCGGGUAAAACGAGUGAGAAAAUAAUCGCCGAAUUCCAAUCCCUACGAAAUGAACAAAGAAAUCUAGCCAACAAUUUGCACACACUGGAAAGCGAUUUGAAGGAACACACAACUGUGAUUGAUACGCUGAAAACGGUCGAGGAGGAUCGAAAAUGUUUUCGCCUAAUUGGUGGUGUGCUGUGUGCCCGAACAGUUAAAGACGUUCUGCCGCAGUUGAGUAAAAACCGAGAGCAUCUGGAGAAGUUGAUUACUGUUGGUAAAGAACAGUUAACGAAUAAGGGAGUCGAAAUAAAUAAGUUUAAGGAAGAGCAUAACAUCAAAAUUAAGGGCCAGGAAACUGUUGUUGAUAAACCGGAUCAAACUGCAGGCGGAGAUGGUGGCGACGAUAGUAAAAGAAAUGUUUUAGUCGCCUAAUUUUGGAUGUUCUACUCGUUUUUCGAAGUAAUUUUUAUUUUUAUUAAUUUUAAAAUCAGGAUCAAGUCACUAAUCACACGCGUUUUAAUCUGUUACUUACCCGCUUCGGUUUGUACUACAAAACAUUUUGGCAUUAAUACCAUCAAAUAAAUAAGCGAAAGGAAAU